GUUGUAUAAAACGAACUUUGUGACUUUUUUACAUGCAGGACCAUAUUCAUCCAUAUACAAAAUUAUAUAAUUAUAUAAUUGUGUUAUUGGAGAACAUUUGUCCCCAGUAUUGUGUUUUCAGGACGACAUAAUUGUAGCAUAUUUGAGACUCCACCAAGUUCUAACUUGCAUCAAUAGCAUGAAUUUUAUUAGGGUUCCUGGCUUCCUCUAAAAUAAAAAAAUCUCGUAUGCACCACUUAGGCGCACAUGAAGUUGACCAUAAAGGAGUUUCUAAAUACUGCGUUUCCUGUGGGUAUAUUACGAAAGAUUUGGUUUGAUGAAGUUACUGUAAGAUACUUGGUGGGGGGAAAUCUCACCCAGACAGCUUUCAAAAUGCAAUGCACGGAUUCACCUUAAGUAACUGUUCAAAGAAUUUAGCAAUGCUCCAACCUCAGGGAAGACCUAAAGAUGCAAUUCUGUCCCAAACUCAAGUACGUUUUAAAAGGCCCAGCUACUCGGGGUCUGCUUUCCCCAUCUACGAACAAAAGAGGCUCUGCGAGCAGAAGGGGCCGCUUCCCGAGCUGCGGAGCGGGACGCCGCGCGCUGCCCUUCCCAGCCGGUUAGCACGCGGAGCCAGGCUGCGGCCAUGGUCCGGCCGCUCAGUGUCUCGGGCAGCCCGGCCGAGGGUCGUCACGGCAGGCGUCAGGUAGGCCGUCCCACCCGGAGGAUGCCCGCUUGUUCUCGGCUGGGGAAGGAGAGACGCUGCGUACAGCGGCACCGGCCGCGCUCCUGGGCGUCGAAGGGGAAAGGUGGAUAAGUGAGACCCGCCCGGCGCCUGCGCUCCCGCCCGAGCGCCUUUUAAACUGCGUUUCUACCUCCUGCGCUCCGCGCCGCGGCCGCUGGAACCCGCGCGAGCCGCUGCGCCAAUCACCGCCGCGCUUCCUCACACCUCCCACCAAUGGCAGCGCGUGUUCUUGGGGCGUGAGCGAAGCAGGCUGCUCGCCCCUUGCCUCUGUGUGGGCUAGGCUCGCUGCGGGCUCCCGCCUCGGUCGCACUUGCUCGCUACUUCUCCCGGGGCUUUUGUGUCCAGGCCGGCCGGGCUUUGUGUCCGAGUCCCCCGCACCGCUCCGCGCCGCUCUCCCCGGCAGCGCGGCGGGCGGCCAGGAGCGAGCGCGCACCGGCGUGAGCGGCGGCUGUGAGGGGCUGUGGAGGAGGACGCGUCGCCGAGCCCGCGAUGCCCGAGUUCCUGGAGGACCCUUCGGUCCUCACCAAAGACAAGUUGAAGAGCGAGUUGGUCGCCAACAAUGUGACGCUCCCGGUCGGGGAGCAGCGCAAAGACGUGUACGUGCAGCUCUACCUGCAGCACCUCACGGCGCGCAAUCGGCCGCCGCUCGGCUUGGGCUCCAACAGCAAGGGGCCGCCUGACUUCUCCAGCGACGAGGAGCGCGAGCCCACACCAGUGCUGGGCUCCGGGGCCUCCGCGGGCCGCAGCCGCGCCGCCGUCGGCAGGAAAGCCACAAAGAAAACUGAUAAGCCCAGACUAGAAGAUAAAGAUGAUCUGGAUGUAACAGAGCUCUCUAAUGAAGACCUACUGGAUCAGCUUGUGAAAUACGGAGUGAAUCCUGGUCCUAUUGUGGGAACUACCAGGAAGCUAUAUGAGAAAAAGUUGUUGAAACUGAGGGAACAAGGACCAGAAUCAAGGUCAUCCACUCCUCUACCAACAAUUUCUUCUUCAGCAGAAAAUACAAGGCAGAACGGAAGCAAUGACUCUGACAGAUACAGUGACAAUGAAGAAGGAAAGAAGAAAGAACACAAGAAAGUGAAGUCCACUAGGGAUUUUGUUCCUUUUUCUGAACUUCCAUCUACUCCCUCUGGUGGAUUUUUUCAGGGUAUUUCUUUUCCUGAAAUCUCCACCCGUCCUCCUUUGGGCAGGACUGAACUGCAGGCAGCUAAGAAAGUACAUACUUCUAAGGGAGACCCACCUAGGGAGCCUCUUAUUGCCACAGCCUUGCCCCGCAGGGGACAGAUGCAGAAGUUAGCCUCUGGAGGGAAUUUGUUUAUCUCUUCCAAGUCUAGCCAUGAUAGAUGUUUAGAGAGAAGUUCUUCGUCAUCUUCUCAGCAUGAACUCGCUGCCAGGUUGGUCUCUGCUGCAGCUUCUCCUUCACUGAUAAAAGAAACUACUACCACUUACUGUAAAGACACAGUAGAAAAUAUUUACCGUGGAGGGAAAAGUAGAAUUCAACCAUCAUGUUCUAAAGAGUCUAAUGUUUCAGAUCAGUCGAUUCUCUCUAGUGAAAGAGAGGUACUAGAAGAGUCAAAGAGAUCGCAGGUUAUUUCUCCACCACUUGCUCAGGCAAUCAGAGAUUAUGUCAAUUCUCUGUUAGUCCAGGGUGGGGUAAGUAGUUUGCCUGGGACCUCUAAUUCUCUACCCACCCUGAACAUAGAAAACAUAUGUAAGAGAAUUGACCAAUCUUACAGUCAAGAAUCUGAAUCCCUGUCUCCUCCCCGGAAAAUCCCUAGACUCAUUGAGAAGCCAGUAGAGGAAAGGGAUUCAGGUUCGUUUGUGGCAUUUCAAAAUAUAUCUGGAUCUGAACAUAUGUCUUCUUUUGCCAAAACAGUUGUCUCUCGUUCUCUUAAUACCUUAGGAAUAGAAAUGUCUCAGCAACCACAGCAUGGCAAAAUUGACACUUCAGAACCAUCUUUUCCUUUACAUGAAUCUAUUUUAAAAGUAAUUGAAGAGGAAUGGCAGCAAAUUGAUAGGCAGUUGCCUUCAUUGGCAUACAAAUAUCCAGUUUCUUCCAAAGAGGCAACGCGGAUAUUAUCAGUUCCAAAAGUAGAUGAUGAAAUCGUAGGGUUCAUUUCUGAAGCAACACCACCAGCAAGGAUUCAGGCAGCCACUGAGUCUUGUGAUAAGCACUUGGACUUAGCUCUCUGUAGAUCUUACGAAGCUGCAGCAUCAGCACUGCAGAUUGCAGCUCAUACUGCCUUUGUAGCUAAAGCUAUGCAGGCUGACAUUAGUCGGGCUGCCCAGAUUCUUAGCUCAGAUCCUGAUCAUGCACAUCAGGCACUUGAGAUUCUGGGCAAAACUUACGAUGCAGCUUCAUAUCUUUGUGAUGCCGCAUUUGAUGAAGUGAAGAUGUCUGCCCAUACCAUGGGAUACUCUACUGUUGGUCGGCGUUAUCUCUGGUUGAAAGAUUGCAAAAUUAAUCCAGCUUCUAAGAGUAAGCUGACUGUUGCCCCCUUUAAAGGUGGAACAUUAUUUGGAGGGGAAGUACACAAAGUUAUUAAAAAACGUGGAAAUAAACACUAAUAAAAUUAAGAACAAAAAUAGAUGCUUAUCUUUGAAUUGGAGAACAUCAGAACUUUUCUAGGCAUUCGAGACAUUUAUGUCAAAGUUUUCUUUUAAGGCCUCUUUAGUCUCCUGAUAAAGCAGAUUUCAAGAUGUUAAGCUUUACUCAUCAUAUUACAGUAUAAAAGGAAUUCCCUAUAUAUAAUUGUGGGGUUUUGUCCUGCUUUGCACAAGUAGAAAGCCUAGUACAGUUUAGGCUUAGUAGAGCACAUAUAUUUGUCUCAUAGAUACAAGUUUACAGCUUCCUAUUUAACUUGCACUUUUACAACUAUUCAAAAUUUUAAAGAAUUCUAGCAACUACAAUAUUAAUAGAAUCUUCACUCUUUUAGUAGUAUCAUGUACAUACUUUAUACCUAGGUUAUAAUCAAGCAAUUUUACUCACUUGAAACAUUAACCUUAAUUCUCUUUUUUUUCUGCUCAAAAAUUUUUACUUUGAAAGUCUAGUGCAUGGAAAGGUCUUUCAAACAUCCCACGACAAUGGAAGAUGUGCACAGCUCUUGCAUUUUUGAAAGUCUGCUCUGCUUUCCACUGUUUAUUUUCAUUACACAACUCUGUCUUUUGCUUGAAGGCUUUUGUUGUCCAUUCAUUACAUUGCAAGACAGCCUAAGGUACCCCUGUAUCUUAAUUCUUUUUGGUCCUCUUGGCUAAGUAUCUUCACUUUCUGCAACUUUUCCACAUUCUUAUUUUCUUUCGUCUUCAAUGUCCUUCAUAAUAAUUCUAGAUUGCUGUAGUUCCCAAGUGCCCGUACACAGACUUACUGAUCCACAGACAAGUGUGCACAAGAAUAGGGGAAGGAGCUAUAGCUUAACAGAGAGAAGCAGGUGCUUAGCAUGUACAUGGCCCUGGGUUCAGUUCACCAACACCAAAAAAACUUAAUGAAAGAAUUUAAAUCUUAAUGAAAGAAUUUAAGCCAAUGAUGGAGGGCGGGCUUUAAGAGAAAGGGCAGUGUACAGCCAAUAAUUCAUGGGCCAUACCAGUUUGUGAAUCACACUUUCAGGAACACCGCUGUGGAUUGUAGUAGGUCUUCUGAUAUGUUUCAUGUUCACUCAGUAUCACUAUUUUGUCAGGUGAACAAGAUACUAGAAAGAUGGGGCUUUUUUAUUUUUUUUUUCCCAGUACCUUUUAAAUGUAUUUCAAUAUAAAUUGUAUUUCAUGGAUAGUUUAACAGUUUGGAUACUAAAAACAUUUUCUAGAAGACAAGAAAUUUUACUAUAUCCUUAUGUCUGUCUGUAUAAAGCAAUGUAUUAUUUUGUUUUCAUUUGUAUGAUUGUAAGGUAAGAUAGCUUGACUGUAGAGGCAUUGAAAAUAGUAAUCUUAAGCAUAGCAGAAUAUGGUUCCCUGGGGACAUGUCUACCAUCACCAUGUUCUAGACUACACAUUCCAUCUUUGCAGCUUUGUUAUUUGUCUUCUGAAAUGUACAUGUACACAUGUACCUAUUAAGUGCUAUGUGAUUUUUUUUUUAAUGUAUCCUGUAGAAUGCUUCUACAAAUUCAAUAAAGUUGUUAAAUUUGAACA